GGACGACACCUCAGACGGACUGUGGCCCAGGAUCAGACAGCGUCUCCGGCGAGUCCGAGACGCGGCCCCCUCCCACCAUGGCCCGGCUCUUCCGGGCAUCCUGCCUUCUCUCCCUGCUCCUGGCCGGCUUCGUUCCGCCGAGCCGAGGACAGGAGAAGUCGAUGAUGGACUGCCAUGCUGGGGUGGGCAGCAGCAUCUAUGAGUACGGAGCCCUCGCCAUUGACGGGCAGGAGUACAUCCCCUUCAAGCAGUACGCUGGCAAAUACCUCCUCUUUGUCAACGUGGCCAGCUACUGAGGCCUGACGAGCCAGUACCUUGAACUGAAUGCACUACAGGAAGAACUUGCACCAUUUGGUCUGGUCAUUCUGGGCUUCCCCUGCAACCAAUUCGGAAAACAGGAACCAGGAAUGAACUCGGAGAUCCUACCCACUCUCAAGUAUGUCCGACCAGGUGGGGGCUUCGUCCCCAAUUUCCAGCUCUUUGAGAAAGGGGAUGUGAACGGGGAGAAAGAACAGAAGUUCUACACAUUCCUGAAGAACUCCUGUCCUCCUACCUCGGAGCUGCUGGGCUCCCCGGACCGCCUCUUCUGGGACCCCAUGAAGGUCCAUGACAUCCGCUGGAACUUUGAGAAGUUCCUGGUGGGGCCAGACGGUGUUCCCAUCAUGCGCUGGCACCACCGCACCACGGUCAACACUGUCAAGAUGGACAUCCUGACCUACAUGCGGCGCCGGGCCACCCUGGAGGCCAGGGGGAAGUAACUGAGGCCCACCCCACCCCACGUCCACCACGCAGGGGCUGGGGAGGACUCUGUUCAGGAAGGAAUCCAUUUCUCCACCCACACCAUACUCCCACGCUAGACCCCUUAUGAUUACGCAAGGCCUCGGCUUGACACGAACGUGUGCAUACAAUUGUGUCUGUACUGCUGUGCACAUGGGUGUCUGCAUGCAGUCCUACAGCUGUGUGUGACCAGGCAUGUGCACACACUUAAGUGUACGGCCACGUGGGCUGACCUGCAUGAAUACCCAGGAACGGGUACCAUGUGUGUGGCGACAGCUGUGUGCCGUGGAGAGUGCCAGAGAGUAACUCCCCUCUUUCCAGUUCUCUGUUCCAAUGACAAUUCACUUCCUUCUGAGCCCAAAGAAAAAAACCAGCUCUAGAUUCAACCGUUCUGCUCUAACCUGGACCUCAACCCUUGGAGCUGGUACCUCCCACUGCCUCCAAACAUCACCCCUGAAGUGCCCAGAAGUUUCUGGGGCUGUCACACUGCCCGACCUCCGUCCUCUCCAUCACACAGCCUCCCUCCUUCCUGAGGGCCCUGCCAAGCCCCCUACCCCGCCCCGCAGUGUUCCGAGAGUAGCCAAGGCAGAUGUGAGAGCAAGGGCCACGUUCCCCGUGUCAGGGGUGGCAUCUCCAUGAAGGAGGGGCCCAAAGCCCUUGUGGGCGGACCUCCCUUGAGCCUGUCUGAAGGGCCAGCCCUUAGUGCAUUCAGGCUGAGACCCCCAGGCAGGGAUGCCACCCCCGCUCCUUUGAGGGAUGUGCCCUCUCCUCUCACCCCGACCCACUGGCAUUAGACUCACCCGUCUGCCUACACCCCAACCCACUGGCAUUCGACUCACCCCUGUCUGCCUAGUAAAGGCCUUUCUGCAGCA